AUGGAGAAGGAAGAGGAAGGGGCAGCCCCCGCUGAUGGCUUUUACACCUGGGUCAAGGACGCCAGGAUGCUCAGCGUGGCUUUCGCUGUCGGGGUGCUGCUGGCCCUGGCGGGGGGCACGGAUGGCCACCACGUCCUGCUGGCCAUGAACUUGGCUGGGGAAGCUGCCAGCAAUGCCCAGAAGUUGCUGCUCCACCAGAUAAAGGAGGUGGCCGUGGAGAGCGCCCAGAAAGAUAUGACCUCAGGAAACGUGGCUCUGUAUGUGCUCGCCCUCCUCUCCUCCUGCCAGAACCCCCGGCACGUCCAGGCUCUGGGACACACCGUCGACCUGGUCCGUAUCCUGCAGCAGAAAACAGAUGAGGAGAUUGCCAAACUGGGUACGCCGGGAUGCGAGGGGGCCCGGGGGGCUGGGGGCUACCAAGAGGCAUCCGUGGCCCUCGCCAGGCAGGUGCUGAGCCCUGAGAGCCAGCUCUCCGUGGACACCCGUGCCGUGGCGGCGCUGGCACUGGCGUGUACGUACGGACACACGGACCUCCACGACGUGCAGGACCUGCUCUGGUUGGCGCUGUCGACGGUGACCAACGACUUCCUUGACGAGCAGGAGUUGAGGGACGGCAUGAUAGGGAACAUUUACAGCAUGGGGCUGGCCCUGCAGGCGUUGGGGUCCACGAGCAAGUUUUACGCCCCCCGGGAGUGGGACUGCGAGCAAGCCUUCUCCGUGGUGUACCACCAUGACUACCAGCAGCCCAUGGCCAUCGCCCAGGUCCUUCCUGCCCUCGUGGGCAAAUCCUACCUGGACGCAGCCAGCUUGGAGUGCUCCAACGAUGUCCCUCUGUCCCCAACCUUAGAGUCAUCCACCUCACCAAAUCUGGGUACAACCAGUUUUCCCGGAGGAGCCACCAUCAAGGUGCACUACUCUGUCAUCAACACGCUGCAGGGACGGCACUUCAACUACACCAUCGCAGUGCAUGUCCCCGAGGGCUCCAGGCUGCUCAAGGUGCUGCAAGUGGCGGAGGAAAAGGAACCUGAGAAAUUUAGCUUCCAGACAGAGCAGACCUCCUGGGGCCCCAUGGUGGUCUCCAUCCACAAGUUGGCUGCCAACACCAACGACAGGACCUACUGGCAAUUCCUCAGCAGCGGGGAACCCCUCCAGGAAGGGGUUGGCACCUACAAGCCGCAUGACGGGGAGCACAUUGAAGCCGUCUUCAGCACCUACUGA